AUGGAGGAAACUCAGCCCUUACUUCAACGAUCCAGUGAAGACGAACAAGCCUUUACACCACCCCAAGAUAUGAAGGGGACAACUUUAGGGAAGAUCCGAGCCUAUUGGCUGGGUUCGGUAUCUGAUUAUCGCUAUGGGGGCGCUGACCAGACACGUACCAAUUCCCUUUCAGUGGGUCUUCAGCAAUUAGGUGGCUUCGUAGCAUGCUUCCUAGCAUGGCCUCUAACUGAAAGGCUAGGGCGCAAGAAAUCACUGAUGAUCUCUUCCUUUAUCUUCUGCAUCGGCGCCAUGAUUCAGACAAUCAACACCCACUCAUUGGCGGCCUUUUAUUUUGCGAGGGUGGUUUCCGGGUUAGGACUUGGUGCAGCGACCGUAAUUGUACCAAUGUUUAACAGUGAGAUGAUGUCAAAAGAGAUGCGAGGCCAAGUUGGAUCAUUUUUUCAGUGGUUUUACACAUUUGGUAUCUUUGCGUCAUAUUGGAUCGACUAUGGCGUAGCAAAAGGCAUCAAGUCCACCAAUUCGUCGCAAUGGCAAAUUCCGAUCGGACUUCAGCUUGUACCCGCCGCCUUACUCGGUCUAGGAAUGUUAACAGUUCCAGAAAGUACACGAUGGCUUACGAAGAAGGGUAGACACGAGGAGGCCUGGAAAAGUCUCCAGUGGAUUCGAGCAGAUGAUUCCCAAAUGACCACUGAUGAGAUGGAAGAGAUCCGGUCAGGGGUCACGGCAGAGUCUCAAGCCACUGAAGGUUUUCAUGUUCGAGAGCUUUUGGAAGGGGACAAUUUCAAACGAAUUUUCGCCGCUUUCGCCAUAUUCACCGCACAACAGGCGACCGGCGCAACAGCUUUUGCUUACUUCGGACCCCAAUACUUCAAUCUCAUUGUUGACAAUUCUGAAGAAAGCCUUUUGUUAACCGCCAUAUUUGGGGCAGUGAAAGUUGCAGCUUGCGGCCUAUUUGUUUUAUUCUUUGCUGAGCGUCUUUCUCGUCGGCAAGUGCUCAUUGGUGGCGCUGCCUUCAUGGCGGCUUGCCAGAUCACUACAGCAGCUGUCGUGAAAUCCUUCCCUGCUAGCGGAGAAAGAAACUCAAUCGCACCCUCCGGAAUUGCUACAGUUGCCCUUAUUUACUUAUUCGUAAUUGCCUAUAACUUCAGCUGGGGGCCAAUGCCUUGGCCAUAUGUUUCGGAGAUUUUCCCGACGAGGAUUCGAGAAGUGGGUGUGGCGGUUGGCGUUGCCUCGCAAUGGCUGUUUAACUUCGUCUUCACAUUGACUACGCCUUAUAUGAUUUCUUCAAUGGGCUGGGGUACCUUCUUAUUGUGGGGUAUUUUUGACGCCGUCAUUGCAGUUCUCGCAUUCAUCUAUCUCCAGGAGACAAGAGGUCUAUCACUUGAGGCUAUCGCGCACCAACACUUCAAUAGUAGCAAUCAACCGGACGUGCCACCAUAUAAGAAUAACGAUGUAUUUUCGGAACAUCACGAGGGCUAUGGAUCGAGAGGAGUUCAUGCCCAAACAUAA